AUGGAGUUGGCCAAUGGGACCACAGUCCAGGAAUUCAUUCUGCUGGGAUUUGGAGUUGAGCAGCAGAAGCGGUUCAUUCUCCUCACCUUUUUUUCUGUUCUCUACAUGCUGACUUUGGUGGAGAACAUCACCAUUAUCACCCUGGUGCUUGUAGACACCCGCUUGGCCCAGCUCCCCAUGUACAUCCUCCUGAGCAACUUCUCCUGGCUGGAGAUGUGCUACGUAACCACCACUGUGCCCCGGAUGCUUUAUGACCUGGCAUUCCCUCAUGGAGUCAUCUCCUUCCAGGCCUGCUUCUUCCAGUUCUAUAUCUUCUUCUCUCUUGGCUGCACCGAAUGCUUCUUCCUCUCAGCUAUGGCCUUGGAUCGAUAUCUGGCUAUUUGCCAUCCACUGCAGUAUCCAAAAAUCAUGUCCAAAGAAACCUGCUAUACCCUAAUAAGCGCAACUUGGACCAUUGGAUUCUUGGGUUACAUUGUCCCUGUGACUUUGAUCUCCAGGUUGUCCUUCUGUGGCCCCAACAUCAUUGACCAUUUUGUGUGUGAUCCUGGUCCCAUCCUGUCACUGGCCUGCCCCCCGCUGGAUAAUAUCCCCCUUGUUUGGCAGUUUUCCAUGAAUGUUCUAGUGAUCUUGGGUAAUUUUUUAUUUGUUUUACUGUCCUAUGGUGUUGUCAUUUUCACCCUGAUGAAAUCCUCUAAUAAAGGUAGUCGUGGGAAGGCUUUCUCCACCAUUUCCUUCCACCUUUUGGUUGUGAUCCUCUUUUACGGCCCAGUGGUAGGGAUGUACGUAGCUCAAGUUGGAGGAAGUCAUUCUCAGGUCAGUAAAACAGUAACAGUCUUCUACACAGCCAUCACACCUUUUCUCAACCCCCUGAUUUAUUGUUUGAGGAACAAUCAGGUGAAAGAGGCACUGUGGAGGCUGCUGAGAAGAAAGGAAAGGUGGCUGAGAAGGAAAGUGACAGUGUAA